CGGGCAGCUUUCUCUCUACUCACAGCUGCCAGCCACUGAAUCCCCCCUUCCAAGAUGGCCCAACUCCGGGUGCCAGGUGGCGAACUCCAGAACGACCUCAUCUUCCUCUCCCACAACAGGAAGGGCCCCAAAAAGAUGUCCUCUCUCAUGGAGCUGAAGGAGGUCUUCCAGAGUGCCGACGCCGUCUGCUUCGACGUGGACAGCACCGUCAUCCGGGAGGAAGGCAUCGACGAGCUGGCCAAGUUCUGCGGCGUCGGGGACGCGGUGGCAGAGAUGACUCGCAGGGCGAUGGGCGGUUCUGUAACAUUCAAGGCAGCUUUAACUGCCCGGCUCGGCCUCAUUCGCCCCUCGUACGAACAAGUGCAGAAAUUAAUAUCAGAACACCCGCCCCAGCUCACGCCGGGAAUACGGGAACUGGUCAACCGGCUUCACCAGCGAGGAGUCCAGGUCUUCUUAAUCUCCGGAGGGUUUCAGAGCAUUGUCGAACACGUCGCUUCGCAGCUAAAUAUUCCGGCAGCAAAUGUAUUUGCCAACCGGUUGAAGUUCUACUUUAACGGAGAAUACGCCGGCUUUGACGAGACGCAGCCAACAGCCGAGUCGGGCGGCAAAGGACAAGUGAUUAGUUACCUGAAGGAGCAGUAUCAGUUUAAGAAGGUGGUUAUGAUCGGAGACGGAGCAACGGAUAUGGAAGCCUCCCCGCCCGCAGACUGUUUCAUCGGCUUUGGCGGCAACGUUGUGCGGAAGCAAGUCAAGGAGAAGGCCAAAUGGUACAUCACCCACUUUGACGAGCUACUGAAAGAACUAGAAGAACGAUAAAUUAUGAACUAGGGCUUAUUUUAUUAACACUUCUCGUAGGUAGAUGUAUGGUUAUGCAAUUAAACAUGUUCUUAUUGUUAUUUGCGAAA